AUGGUGUUAUCAUAUGAAGAACAAAGAAUACAAAAUAUCAAGGAUAAUGAAGCACUCCUUCUGUCCUUGGGUCUUGGAGCACCCUCUACCCCAAAAGCACAAGCACCACCUAAGAAACAUUUAUCUAAGAAGAAAACCGAUGACAAUUCUACAUUCCAACUUGAAAAACCGACUCGAGAGGUCAAACCCAAAUUGAGACCUUUAGUCAAGAUUGACGGUGAGAUCGAUACAUCUACUGAUGGGCUCAGAAGAAGUACCCGAUCUAGUAGUAGGAUUACGAAUGGAUCGAAACCGAACUAUACAGAUGAUUCACCAUUGUACAGAGAAGAUGUUAAACCUACAUUAUCUAGAUCAACCCCCUCGAAGAGAAAAAGACAAGAUGAGGAUGAUGAUGAUGAUGAUGUUGAAGAGGAGAAUAGAUGGAAGUUGAGAAAAGCUCAGAAAUUAGGUAUAAGGACUGAAGAUCCGAAACAAUUCGGUCACAUACCUGGUGUGGAGGUAGGUAGAUGUUGGGCAACAAGGAUGGAUUGUUCUACAGAUGCUGUACAUGCUCCAACAGUAGCAGGAAUAUCAGGGAACGCUCAAGAAGGAGCUUGGAGCGUAGCUUUGUCAGGUGGAUAUCCAGAUGAUGUCGAUCUGGGAUACGCAUUCACCUACACCGGCUCGGGCGGACGAGAUCUAAAGGGGACUAAACAGAAUCCCAAGAACUUAAGAACUGCCGAACAAUCUUAUGAUCAAAGUUUCGAUAAUACUUUCAAUGCUGCUCUCAAAAAAUCGUCCGAGACCCGUAAACCGGUAAGAGUAAUACGAGGUUACAAACUUCCUUCGGUAUACGCCCCAGUCGAAGGAUAUCGGUAUGACGGAUUAUACAUUGUUGAGAAAGCUUGGAUGGCUAGGGGUUUGACAAAAGGGUUGAUGGUUUGUAGAUAUGCUUUUAAGAGGGUUGAGGGACAGCCCGACUUGCCUUUGAGAUCUGAGGAUGAAGGGAGCGAGAGCGAAGAGGUAGCUGAGGAGGAGAAGGAAGGAAAGGUACUGGUCGAAUCUGAUACUCAGAAUAUCAACACAGAUGACGAGGUGGAGAAGCUCGUUGGUUCGUCGAUCAAAGAUUAUGAUAUUGAUGGCAAGGAAAAUGCUGAAGAGAUUCUAGCUUAA